CAGACACACACAUGCGGUUGACUUGGGUUGCUUUCCAUCUAUCCGAACUUUUACAAUCAUUGUGGCAUCAUUUAUGCCAAAUUUCAUUCGAUGCUCCCCGGGUACUGUAUUCACCAUGCCAUGAGCCUGAAUUAGGUCGCCAGCCAUUACCAGGGUCGCCGUACUCGGUGGGCCCAGAAGCUCUGCAAAACGUCACCGCUUCACACACUGAGCGCUGUAGGCUUUCAAGCAUUGUCCAAGCGAAUUUGACUCACCGCACAAAUUUACUCUGCUCUGUGAGUGCUGUGUACCGUAUUCCCUAAACCUGUAACUCGGUAAACCCAAUUCGACUCCCAAUCUGCACCCACCCGUCAGAGAUGGGCUGAAAGACCGAGCCCUGAAAUUGUUUAUUGUUUUGAACACUUUGCUUUUCAAACUGUUGUGUUUUUUUCUUUCCCAACCAGUAUCCUUCAAUUUACGAUGUGCUGUGAAUCAUGACAUUGCGUGGUAGCGCCGCCUGGAAGCAGGUGGGCUCAAUUGCCCAGUUGCCUCUUGGCAAAUCGACAAAACAAAAUAACAACAAGCAUGUUGUCAGAAGCUUGUCGCAACAGUCAUGCAGCAGCGACCGCCUCAAAUCGCCAUGGCUCCUCUCAGUCCGUGGCGUGUCGGCGGAGGCGGAGGGUAUGAAGUCACUAUAUGAGACUAUUAUGUCGGAGAGAGAUAAGAAAAUGGCAGAGAACAAGGAACUGCUCUUGUCUGUCAUGGAAACCUCACCUACGAAGCGUGGGGCGAAGAAAUGGCUGAAGGACUUUGCACCAGGCCUCAGCCGCAAAUGGCAGCCUAGAGGCCUCAACACAGCUGGUCCUCUGUCCCAGGCUGACACUCGAGCCUUGGAACAAAAUCUCCCUCAGGUCGCUAUUGUCAAGCUCAGGGAGCCUCAGUCAAUCGACGAGGCCACUCUCAAAGGUGUGGGCAGGACUCUUUGUCAGCUUCAGAUGCUGGGGCUGCUAAGCAUCGUCGUUGUUGAUUGUGACCAGGACUUGGUCAAGGGAGAUGCGCUUUGGCCAGUCAUCAUGAAGCAGACUGAGCGUGCACUGGCCGGAGCUACGAUUGCACCUCUAGCACGCCCACGUGUGAUGGACUAUGUCAUGGGCAUUCGGCCUGGACCCGAGGGCGACCAAGCCUCAUCUCUCUCCGCCGGCGGUGUAUUCGUCUCCAGGGAGGAACCACUUAUCAGAGCCUUGAAGGACGACGCUAUUGUCGUAGUCCCCACCUAUGCCGUCUCUACAGAUACCUGUGCCGCCAGGACUGUCCAGGCGGAUGAGAUAGUUGUUGCGCUCACCAAGUAUUAUUCUGGCUUGCAAUUUCCCGACAAGUCAUCGGGUGACCCGGCUGAUGUCUCUCAACAGCCGACGCCCAAACCAAAAGCUGAUAUUCGAAAAGUCAUGAUUAUUGACCCUCUUGGGGGGCCACCCGCAAACAACCGACCAGAAGGCGCACACGUUUUCCUUAACAUGAUACAGGAAUAUGACACAGCAAUGAAGUACAUCAGGGAAGCGGAUUAUCCGGAGCUCAAAAUCGCGAGCAGCGCCAUAGGAUCGACAUCUGACACAUCUGCGUACGUCAGAAAGAAGCAUGCGGACAACUUGGAGCUCACCAAGCGCAUCGUGACAUUACUCCCAUCGUCAGCCUCAGUAGUCAUAACUACACCCGAAGAGGCUGCAAAUCUACCGGGCGAAAAGGGUGAAGAGUCACACAACUUUGGAUUUCUGGCUCAGACAAGGACACGCAAGCCGAAGAAUGCGCUGAUACACAACUUGAUCACCGACCGACCGGCAUUCUCAUCAUCGCUACCGAUCACCAGAUUCGCUGCAAGCAAGCCACAGGCUGUCAAGACGGGAACCAUGGGUAACAUGGACUGGACCAGCAAACCUAUCGUCGCCCAGUCGAGAACAACGCUUGCCAAGCGUGGGAUGCCCCUGACCAUACUCCCAGAUCCAUUCACCAGCCCCUGGAUGCCAACAGCCCCAGGCCAACCAAGGUUGCGACUGACAGACCUAUCUGUCGAUCUGCCACGGCUUGUUCACCUUAUCGAUGACUCCUUCGACAGAAAGUUGGAUGUACAACACUAUCUUAACCGCGUAAAGGACAGUUUAGCCGGCAUCAUAAUCGUGGGCGAAUAUGAAGGCGGUGCCAUCCUCACUUGGGAGGCACCCAACCCUGACAACCUUCCCGCUGCCGAGGCAUAUGCGGAGGCUUAUAGGCAGGGCAGAUUGGUGCCGUACCUGGACAAGUUUGCGGUGCUCAAGAGGGCACAGGGGGAGGGCGGAAUUGCCGACAUCGUCUUCAAUGCCAUGAUCCGCACUUGCUUUCCCAAAGGAGUCUGCUGGCGGAGUCGUAAGGAUAACCCCGUGAACAAGUGGUAUGCCGAGCGAUCGAGAGGGUUUAGGAAGCUGGACGAUUCCAAUUGGAGUAUGUUUUGGACAACCGAAUGGUACGAUCAUAGCAACGCCGAUUAUGAGGACGUCUGUCGCAAGAUACAGCCGUCCUGGGCGGAUAACAAGCAAAUAGUAGACUGAACGUUAAGUUGGACAACUGAGCUAGUUGAAUUUAUUUAUCUCAUGAGAGGUGAUCUGAAGGCCUUGCAAGGUUAGCUGUUGACAAUUCGUUCCAUGUACAGGUGCACUGGGAGGAUCUGGUGUUUGUCCGGUAACUGGCUUAGUUCUAUCUACUAGAAUCGGCUGUUAUUAGAACCAGUUGUCAAUAGUGUCUAGCUAUAAAAUUGGUCAAGGUCCGACUACGUUGAUAUUGCGC